AUGGAUGGCAAGCGUCGAAUUGCGAGACAUCAGCAGUAUGCCGCGUUGUAUUUUGGCGCACAGCUUGAGGCUGAUAAGCGAGAAUAUUUCUUGGGUUCUGCCAAAGUUGACAUCGAUUCACUCAGCUUCGAUCCAUUUUUCUCGAGAGACAUCCACCACCAGAAUUCUGAACGCCUCUUGUCGUCAUACGAGUUGACCGGGUGUCUCCAAUUCGAGUCCAGUCACCAUAUCCCAGCCGUCAUCGAUGAGAACGAUCUUGCGGAGGCAUUAUCAAGGGCGGGCUCGACCUAUGACAUGGCACAGGGCCGCGAUCAUACACAGUGGCCAAUGCUUUCAUUUACAGCACAAUCACAGGUAGAAUGCCUAAGAGGAAAACAUCGCAUCGACGCGGCGAGAGCAUAUCUACGCCCUGGCUUGCGCUGGUGGGUUGUCGACUUCUACUCUAAAAGUAAGUGA